AUGGCAGGCCUACAAGUCAUAGGAGCUGGGCUUGGUCGAACAGGAACUCUCUCAAUGAAGUUAGCUCUAGAAGAGUUAGGCUUCAAUCCUUGCCAUCAUAUGGCUGAAGUAAUGCUGGUCCAUACAGACCGAAAUCACCUGUUUAAGAAGAUAUACCAGGAGGAAGACAACAUUGAUGCAAUCAAAGAGUUGUUUGGUGGCUACGUGGCCGCGGUUGAUUACCCAGGAUGCAUGUUUUACGAGGAAUUUAUGAAAAUAAAUCCAGAUGCCAAAGUAAUUCUGACAGUAAGAGACUCACCUGAAGCGUGGGCUAAAUCAGCUAGAGAAACCAUCUUUAUGUUGAACACAGUGCAAUCUUGGCUCAAGAGGAAAGUUAUGAUAUUUGUUCAAGUGGCAUUGAAUCCGCGUGUGUAUUGGAUUCAACAGAUGAUGGUCAAAGUUCACGGAGUCGCUCCGAGUGAACCAAAAACAGAUCUCGCUCAGAUGUACACAGACUGGAACAAAAGAGUUAUUGAAACUGUGGCUGCUGAAAAACUCUUGAUAUUCAAUGUGAAGGAAGGAUGGAAGCCACUGUGUGAUUUUCUUGGGGUCCCAGUUCCUGAUACACCGUUUCCCAGGGUGAACAGUACUGCUAAUUUUAAGGAGAUGAUGAGUGCACGUGUGAAAAAGAAGAUGGGCGUCCUUCUCUUGAAAUUUGUGUUGGUUGUUUCCAUCGGUGCCGGAGCAGCGGUUCUGCUGACCCACUUUGGAUGA